AGGAUAGCAAGAAGAAGAAGAUGCCUCGAGAACUCAUCACCAUCUCGGCCGGACAAGCUGGAAACCAAAUCUCAUCCGAAUUCUGGCCACAGAUCUGCGCCGAACACGGCAUCUCACCCACCGGCCUGCUCCAGCCUCCACCUCAGCCAUCAUCCUCAUCAGGCCCAACAAACAAUAACCCAUUCCAGACCAACGACUGCUCGGCUAUCGAUCGCAAGGAUGUCUUCUUCUACCAGGCUGAUGACGACCACUACAUCCCACGGGCUAUCAUGAUCGACCUCGAGCCAAGGGUGAUCAAUACCAUCCUCACCAGCGAAUACAGCAAACUCUAUAACCCCGAGAACGUCUAUCUCUCAAAGGAUGGCGGCGGGGCUGGCAAUAACUGGGCGGCUGGCUACGAGACUGGAGAGAAGAUCUACGAGGAGGUGAUGGACAUGCUCGAUCGCGAGGCUGACGGAUCUGACUCACUCGAAGGCUUCAUGCUCCUGCAUUCGAUCGCUGGCGGAACGGGUUCCGGAUUGGGCUCCUACCUGCUCGAACGACUCUCGGAUUCAUAUCCAAAGAAGCUCGUCCAAACCUACUCCGUCUUCCCUCACAGUGACGAUAGCUCAGAUGUCGUCGUCCAACCCUAUAACUCGAUCCUAGCCAUCAAAAGACUCGUGAACCAUUCAGAUUCAGUCGUCGUACUCGAUAACGCAGCCCUGGCCAGGAUUGUCUCCGAUAAGCUACACGUCUCCUCGCCCACCUGGCAGCAAACCAACCGCCUCGUCUCCACCGUCAUGUCUGCCGCCACGACCACCCUCAGAUACCCAGGUUACAUGAAUAACGACCUGGUCGGCAUGAUCGCAAGCUUGAUCCCCACCCCGCGCUGCCACUUCCUCAUGACCUCCUAUACCCCCUUCACCUCCGAACGCGACGGCCAGGAAGAGGCAAAGAGCGUCCGCAAGACAACCGUGCUCGACGUCAUGCGUAGACUGCUCCAGCCUAAGAAUAGGAUGGUCUCCACCGGCGCAACGAUCAACAAAUCCGCAUGUUACAUCUCCAUCCUCAAUAUCAUCCAAGGUGAAGUCGAUCCAACCGAUGUGCAUAAAUCGUUACUGCGGAUACGGGAACGUCAUCUUGCCAAUUUCAUCCCUUGGGGGCCGGCCUCGAUCCAAGUAGCGCUAACGAAGAAGUCCCCAUACAUCCAAACGCAACACCGAGUCAGCGGAUUGAUGCUAGCCAAUCACACAAGCAUCGCCUCAUUGUUCAAAAGGACACUCGAUCAGUAUGAUCGGCUUCGCAAGAGGAACGCCUUCUUGGACCAAUAUAAGAAAACUAACAUGUUCGCUAACAGUUGGGACGAGUUCGACGAAUCGAGAGAGGUCCUUGUCGACCUCAUUGACGAAUAUCGUGCUGCCGAAUCUAAGGAUUAUGUUAAUUACACGGCUCCUAAGAGCUCCUUGGAAGAUGAUAGGACUCAUCAACGGUGAUAUAGAUAUAUACAUACAUAAAAUCACAGACUCUCUGAACUCUACACACAUCAACACAAACUCAAAAAAGAAGUUCGCGUUUCUCUUACCUUCAUAUAACAAAGGAUACCCCUUUUUUUAUCAAAGAUUGUCAUGGCCAUCGUUGUUAUUGUUAUUGUUGUUGUUAAUUUUGUACGGCUUUGAAAGAAAGCAUGAAAAAUGAAAGCUCAGAAAUCAAGCUAUUCUUUCUGUACAUUGCUCUAGUUAGUGGUGCCAGGUUUUGUACAGGGAUCUGUGUUGAAGUGUUUUUAAAAAAAGAAAUUUUAAUCUCAUCAUAUAAUGGUAGAUGUUCUUUGUUAUCAUCAGGCUGAAAGAAAAGCCACUUGGAUUUG